UGAACUGAAAGCAAAAGAAGAGAAGAAGAAGAUAAGAAAAACCUUCCUCCUCCUCCUUUCUCUAAAACUCCUCUGUUCCAGAAACAGAGAGAGGGAGGGAGAAAUGGGUAUUCUGUCGUUGAGUUCAUCAUCUUUGUAUCGCCCACAACAAACAUAUUCUCAGCUUCAAAGAAAUCAACAACUCACAGCUGAAACUUCUUUACAGAAUAAAGGAAUAAGAGGAGGAGGAGGAUUGAAACCCAUUGUUGUUACUGGAAAUCCACCUACCUUUGUAUCAGCUCCCGGCCGUAGAAUCAUUGCUGUUGGAGACUUGCAUGGUGAUAUGUCACAAACUAGAAGUGCACUUGAGAUGGCUGGUGUUUUGAGUUCAGACGGUCGGAAUACAUGGACCGGAGGAGAGACGGUAUUGGUUCAACUAGGAGAUAUACUUGAUAGAGGAGAGGAUGAAAUUGCGAUUUUAGCGUUGUUGCGAUCACUUCAUAUUCAAGCAAAAGCUAAUGGUGGAGCUGUCUUUCAGGUGAAUGGAAAUCAUGAAACCAUGAAUGUAGAAGGCGAUUUCAGAUAUGUUGAUCAAGGAGGUUUUGAAGAAUGUGUUGAUUUCUUACACCACUUGGAGAAUUACGGGGAUAAUUGGGAUGAGGCUUUUGUUGAUUGGGUUAGUGUCUCUGAACAAUGGAAACAAGAUCGUAAGAUGAAUGAGAGUUAUUGGGGACCAUGGAAUAUAUUGCAGAAGCAAAAGGGGGUCAUUGCAAGAUCUACGCUUCUAAGACCAGGAGGUCUAUUAUCACGUGAGUUGUCACGUCAUCCUGUUGCCCUUAAAGUCGAUGAUUGGGUCUUUUGUCAUGGUGGCCUUCUUCCUCAUCACGUUGCAUAUGGCGUGGAGAAGAUGAAUAAUAAAGUAUCUCGCUGGAUGCGAGGUCCCGAUGAGAAUGGUGAUGAUGAUCCUGAACUCCCUUUCAUAGCCACACGAGGCUAUGAUAGUGUUGUUUGGAACCGGUUGUACUCCGGACACACCGGUGACAUGGAGGAUUAUCAAGCGCGCCAGAUAUAUUCGAUUCUGCAAGAGACACUGCGAGCAUUAGGUGGUAAAGCAAUGGUGGUGGGACACACUCCUCAAACUGAAGGCAUAAAUUGUAAAUAUGGUUGUAGUAUAUGGCGUGUGGAUGUUGGAAUGUCCAGCGGAGUCCUUAAUUCAAGACCAGAGGUUCUAGAAAUAAUAGACAAUGAAGCAAGGGUAAUAAGGAGCAGAACGGACAUGUUAAGUGAAUUGCAGAUUGUUGACUACACAUGAAGAUUGCAAAUGAUUUACAAGGAACUGGGGUUUCGACUCGAACAAAGAACUAUUUAUUUUCCUGUGCAUACAAAGUGGUUGAUACACUCAACUGGUGUACCCCUUUUACGGAAGUUAGAUCAGGCAAAUUCGUCUCUUCAGAAAGAAAACGAGGUAGUAGAAAAAGAACACUAUAAGUAUGAUUUGCACUUAUCUGUUACUUUCAUCUUACUGGAGACACCAACGACAUGCAACUCUAAGAAGAUGGGUGUGAUGAAUUGGCAGUGUAGUCUGUCGAAGUGCAUAAUUACAUAUGUUAUAUUGCCGUCCAAUACUUGUAUACAUGUAACUACUCUUUAUACAGGUCACUCAUUCAACUAAACACAGAAGUGCCGUAAAUCAUAUAUUGUAUAUCAAAAUUCAUAGUAUAACCACAAACAAAUCGUUUUCUUGUUACUGUAGUAGUGAUAAUUCAGUGAAGUUGUAUUCA